GCUUUGGCGCAUUCUUCUUCAGUUUUUCUACACACUUCAGAUUGCGUUGGACUCAGGCAGCGCGUUCUUAUUCUCACAGGACCACCUCCACUCUGCGUUCUUCUUCUUCGACUCAGUUCAGUUAUCUCACUGGCGUGUUCUUCCGUUUUGCUAUUUUGGACUUGGUGUGUUAAAAGUGUGAAAUUUAUGGUCUGUUUUGCUAUAUCUCGCCGGCCGUUCUUCCGUUUUGCUACUUUGCAAUUCCGUUUUGCUAUAUCUUCCGAUGUCUAAAUCAGAAGGUCAAAUGUUGUGGUGGAGUCAGGCUGACGCUGUUUGUUAGCCGUGAUUAUCUUUGUAUGAUGAUGUUGGCGCCAAUUGCAUCCUGGGGAGUGGUGAUAAUACUCAUGCUGGUUCUUGCCUAUGGCCACUGCCAUACGCAUCAAAUUGUUACUUUUAGGAAUCUUCCCAUUUUGCAUAGUUUAGAUCAAUGAGGAUUGAGGACAAUUGACGGAUGAUGAUGGGUUUCAAUGGAUUUAAACAAAAUCCAGAUAGGUUUACGAUGUUGUGGGUACUUUCAAGCUUUAAAACAUGGAAGAUCAUUUCAUUCUUAUUUAAUAAAACUCGGGCUUUUGAGUGAUAUAUUCCUUGCAAACAAUAUGCUAUCCGUGUAUGUGAAAUGCCCUCAUUUAGAUGACGCGCAAAAGCUUUUCGAUGAAAUGCAUGGCCGAAAUAUCAUUACUUGGACGACAAUGGUAUCCGCGUAUGCCAACUGUGGGAGGCCUUGCGAGGGUCUUAAACUUUAUAAUCAGAUGCUGGAAUCUAGAACACAGGAACCCAACGAAUUCUUGUACUCUGCUGUUUUGAAGGCUUGUAGUCUCGUAGGUGAUGCUGAGUUGGGUAAGCUGAUUCAUCAAGAUAUAUAUAGAGCUAAGUUGGAAUUUGACACUGUUUUGAUGAAUGCACUCUUGGACAUGUAUGCCAAAUGUGGAAAUUUGAGAGACGCUCAACAAGUUUUCAACGCAAUCCUGUGUAAAAAUUCAAUUACGUGGAACACCCUUAUUUUGGGUUAUACUAAAGAAGGAUUAAUGGACGAAGCAUUGGAUUUGUUCAAUCGAAUGCCAGAACCCGAUCUUGUAACUUGGAACAGUAUCAUUGCUGGCCUUGCAUAUAAUGGUAGUCCCCAAGCAUUGCAAUUUGUUUCUAUGAUGCACAGGAAGGGCCUUAAACCAGACUCAUUCACAUUCUCGUGUGCUCUUAAAACCUGUAGUUAUCUUAAUGAUUUAAUCAUUGGGGGACAGAUUCAUUGUCAUAUUAUUAAGUCUGGCUUUGAGUCUAACGUUUACAAUAUAUCAGCAUUGAUUGACAUGUAUUCGAAUUGCAAGUUUUUAAAUGAAGCAAUCAAGAUAUUUGAUCAAUUCUCUGUGAGCUAUCCUUUCACUCAAGGUUUGGCGCUCUGGAAUUCUAUGCUUGCAGGGUAUGUUGCCAAUGAAGAUUAUGCAAAGGCUCUCAAUAUGAUUGCACAUAUUCAUUAUUCUGGUGCGCAAUUUGAUUCCUAUUCUUUUAGUAUUGCUUUAAAGAUUUGUAUCUACUUUAAGAAUUUGAGACUGACGUCUCAAGUGCAUGGUUUGAUAAUAACUUGUGGCUAUGAGUUAUAUUAUGUUGUUGGAAGCAUUCUUAUUGAUCUAUAUGCAAAACAAGGCAACAUUGACAAUGCACUGAGAUUGUUUGAAAGGAUGUCAGAUAAGGACAGUGUGGCUUGGUCUAGUUUGAUUGCUGGUUGUGCUAGACUCGGUUUAGGUACAUUAGCUUUUUCUCUCUUUACAGAUAUGGUCAAGUUAGAUCUCGAGAUUGAUCAAUUUGUCAUUUCUAGCGUUCUGAAAGUUUCUUCAAGUUUGUCAUCUCUACGAAGUGGCAAGCAAAUCCAUGCUUACUGUGUCAAAAAGAGAUAUGAAUCAGAAGGUGUUACUAUAACAUCACUUAUUGACAUGUAUGCAAAAUGCGGUGAUAUUGAUGAUGCUUUAGCUUUGUUUAGUAGUCUUUCAGAAAUAGAUACUGUUUGUUGGACGGGGAUUAUUGUGGGAUGUGCACAAAAUGGAAGAGCGGUUGAGGCAAUUAAGCUUUUGCAAGAGAUGAUAGAAUCAGGCUUCCAGCCAAAUGAAAUCACUUUUGUUGGUGUUCUUACUGCCUGUAGACACGCUGGUUUAGUCAAGGAGGCAUGGGCUAUAUUUAAUUCUAUUAAAACUGAGCAUGGACUAACACCAUGUCUGGAGCACUACCAUUGUAUGGUUGAUCUACUUGGCCAAUCAGGACACUUCAAAGAAGCGGCAAAAUUGAUUAAUGACAUGCCACUUGAACCUGACAAAACCAUAUGGCGCUCCUUGCUCAAUGCAUGUGCUCUGCACAAGAAUCGAGAGCUUGCAAAAUUUGUUGCUGAGCAUCUUCUAGCUACCACACCAGAAGAUGCUUCUACAUAUGUAAUGGUGUCAAAUGUGUAUGGAGCUCUGGGAAUGUGGGACAGUUUAAGCCAAGUCAGGGAAGCUGUCAGGAAAGUAGGGAUAAAGGAAGCUGGAAAAAGCUGGAUUGAAAUUGCAAGGUGAAAGCCUUGAUUUGUGUAUAGAAUGGUUUGGCUAGAGCAACCCUUGUUAUUAGAAAACAAAAUUUUUGGGAUGAGUCAUUUGGACUGCUGACCCCUAACAACUGUGCACUAUCUAAACUGAAAAAGAAGACCUUUAUGUAUUCGAUGACUGCAUUCACUUGAUGAGAAGCAUGGAAACACCGCAUUUCACAUGAAAUGUGGAUGAGAGAUGCUGUAGCUCAAAAACACUACAUUUGGCCGUGGAAAAUUUCCCCUCUAGAAUGGAUUUUUGGCUGCGGCCUGCGGCAAACUCAUCAGAUUGUGAACUUAAAAGAGAGGAUGAGAAAGAUGGAGCUGUGCUAGGGUUUUACAUUUUUGGUCUUGGGAGCUAGUUCAAUCACCUGAGGGGACGCUUAAAAUCUGGAAGGUAAGGCCUCCUACACAUCUUUACUGUCCCAUUCCACGAGACUUCUUUGUUAAGGUUGAAGGAUUUUAUGGGUAGAUAAUGCAACCUGACUUGGACAUGAGUUUUCUCUGUUGAAUGGUGUUAUGUUAUUGUUUCUGGUUAGUGUUUCCACAUCUUGAACACUUGGUCAGUAGUUGAUUAUAUGAUCUGGGACCUGAAUGUCUGCUACUCUACAUCUAGUAUCGAAAAGAUCUGAGCCGUUGAACAAAAUCCUCUGAUCCUAAUCGUACCCUUUUAUCCCCAAAAUUAGAUUACUCAUCCAAUCCUUUGAUGCAUUGCUGAACAGAACCCUUCGACAGAGGACGAGCAGAUGUGUCAGUGCAUGCCGAGGCCGCAUGGGGGAGACGGUAGUGUGAAUUUCGGAAUCCUUGCCCAUCCAUUUUUGGAACUUGGGCGUCCUUGUUUGUUGCAGAGUGAGAAGCUUCUUCGUCCAAAUCUUAAACUGCUCACUAUCAAUUUCGUUCCACCGCUUGAAAUCAGUGGGAACAAGAAGUCUUUUCGGUCCAAAUCUUCAAUAGUGGCGUGUGAGCGGCGGUGAAGACUUGCUUCUUCAAUCUCUUCUUUGGACUUGAAAUCUGAACUAAUCUGUUUGAUCUAACAUUAUCUAAUUGCUUCUUCAAUUUCCCAUAUAUAUUUGCUGCAUUUAUAUAUAUAUAUAUAUAUAUAUAAUCUAAUUGCUU